GGUAACUCACGUAAACGAAUGGCGUCCAUGAUGAGCUUUUAAUCGUUUGAACGUCUGAUGAUUACAUGCUAUAUCUAAAACCAGCAUGCAUGUUUGCAUAUUAAUGAAUGAUCGCAUUUAAACAGUCGAUACGAUGGAUGAUGAGCCUUUUUCUACAACGCUUGCUUACACGAAAAGCCCUAAAACAUCCAGAAGAACAACUUUUCAGGAUGAGCUGAAGACAGCUGUGUCUGCUAGAGCCAACAGGCAUAGCUACUCUGAUGACUUUGAUGAUGAUGAUGAUGAAGAUGGUAAAGUUGAUGAUGAUGAUGCAGACAUACUCAACGAACUCCUUAAGAUGCAAAAACAGAAGAAGGCGAGAUUUAAAGCUGGGAAGACCAAAGGCAAAAUCAACGAUUUCAAGCUUUCGGGUGAUGAAGAGGAAAAUGUCAAACCCAAAAAAGUAUCUUUUCUGAAAACCAAAAGGACCAGCUCGCCUGUGAACUCCGAACAGCUGAACUCCAUGAAAAGUGAAGGUGACCAGCGUAGUUCUGUCCAUUCGCAAAGCAAUUCUUACAAUCCGCAGUCCCCGGAUUCCCCUUUUUCCUCUCUAUCUGACAAGUUCCUACCAGAGUCCGCGUUACCUUACGAGCAGUCCAAAUCAGUCAUGCAUUCGAGGAACCAGACCGAAUCUGUGGUGAGGAAGAGCCUGACAGAAUCUCCACUGCUACUAAACUCUGAGAACAGCCAAUGGGAAUCCUGUCCAGAGCCAUUGCCUUCAGAAAAACAUGAGGACAACCAAAGGAUUGGUGAAGAUAGUGAACCACCCGUUCCUCAACCCAGGGAGAGAAGCGUUAAACCAAAACUCUCCACAGGUUGUCCUACUCAAGACAUGUCACCCAGACCCAAACCCAGACAGAGGACAGUGAAUAUGUGUGACUUUCGUCAGUUAGAAGAGAAAACAUCAGCAGAGACGCCUGCCUACAGCAGAACAGCCACGUCUUCUAUGUCUAUAGCCCUCUCUUCUGAGAAGAGUCAAACCUCUGCAUGUGACAGUGUUCUGGAUCCAGAUGAAGACCAGGUCAUGCCAGAGAGUUGUUCACCAGCAGAGAUAAUGUCUGAGGCUCCAGACGCUGUAGGCAGCGCUGCCUCAGAAGAGAGCAAAGAGAGAAAUUAUUCAACAUCCUUUGAAGAAAAGCAUGCAAGUCAGGAGAGUUUGCAGGGUGCCCUUGACCUUGAAAGAUCAGCAGACAGAAGCAUGCACCAAACAUUGAAACUCAUCGAUAGUGAACAACAUCUUCUGGACAUUAGACCUUCAAGCUCUCGGUCAUCCAGUUCCAGAAAACACAAGAGCUCUUAUAAAGCAGAGUCGAAAUACCUGGGAGCGCUGAAGAUUUUGGACCAGAGGACAGAGGAGAGCCAACGGGUUCCAGAAGCAGCAGAUUCACUAAGAGCUGCUGUGUACCAGGAAUGGCUAAAAAAGAAAGAAGGAACUUUAAAAAUAACAAGGAGCGCAAAAAAGCAGGAAGAGAAAUUAAAAGAGGAGAAAGUGCAAGAAGACAAGCUUGCUAAAAUUGCAGAUGCAAAGGCCUCUUAUGAUGCCUGGAAAGAGAAAAAAAGUGAAGUCGUUAGAAUGAAAGCCAAAGAAAAACAGGAGGCAAUAAAGCAACAACAAAUGGAAAUGGAUAAAAAGCGAGAAAAAAACGAAACAGCAAAACAGGAUAAAAAGAAGAUCGUUAAGCAUUUCCAGAAAGACAAAAAGUUGUCUGAAAAAUACACACACUCCAGUGCCAAGGCCACAUAA